AUGAGAAGCAGUACCGGAACGUGCCUUAACCUGUUGAUAGGCCUUUAUGUACUUUUCUCCGAAGAUACAGUGUGCCUGAGAAAGAUGUUACUGUUUAACUGCUUGGAGAAGGCAAAAGUUGUCCUUAUGGUGAAUGUGAGGAGAAGAAAAAGUGUAAUUCGAUUCAGUAAGUGCUACGUAAAUAAUUUGAUAUAUACUAGGGAGGAUGAUAUAUAUAGGAUAAACCAGGUGGAGGGCUGCGCCCCCCAGGUGGAGAAGGGCGCGGAUAAGCAUACCAUAGGGGAAGUGGUGGAUAGGUCUACUGAUGAGUCUACCAGUGGGGCGAGCAUUAUCUCGAAUAGCAAUUGGGGCAAUCUGGAGCAAUUAGAAAAUUUUGGCAAUUUGCCGGAUGAAGGGAGCGACAACGGUACGGUUCACCAGAAGCAGUUCGAGCCAUCCGACUACGAACUGCAGAUGUACAAGAACAAAUGGAAAAUUCCCCUUUACUGGAUAAAGAAAUUGGAGAGGCUAAAAAAUAUGAACGCCAUAAAUUGCGUAGAACAUUUAAAGGAUGAUAAUUUGCUUUAUUUUGAUAACUACAAAAAUAAAGGAUUGCUAAAAUUUUUAAAUGAAGAGAAAAAGAAAUACAGUAACUGCAUUAUUUUGGUAAGGGUUGGAGAUUUUUAUGAGACAUAUGGAUUGGAUUGUAUAUUCCUUAUUGAAUUUUUAAAUAUAAAAAAAAUGAACAACAAAUUAUCAUGUGGAUUUAUCAAGACAAGUAUCAACAAAGCGCUACAUAUACUAACGAGUAACAAUUUAAAUGUCUGUGUGUAUGAGGAGAUGAAUGAAAAGUCGUUGAAAAUGAAAAAGAGGUACCUUUCUCAGAUAGUAACUCCUGAAUUUCCCAUUUAUUUGAACAACAUACAAUACUGUCAAGAGGAGAGUAACAACGUGGAUGAAUCGUCUGACAAAGGAAACAGCCUCCUCUUCCAGACAUACGAUUUGGAGAACCAUUUCGUGGUGAAGGAAAUUGUGUGCAUUUACAUUGAAAGCAAAAAUAUUUUUUCCCUUAGCAAAAUUAACUUGAGCUUGAAAACAAUUUCUAUUUUUGACAACAUAACUUUCGAUGUAUUAAAUGUUUAUUUAAAAAAUACAAAUUUUUUAAAAGCUUACAUUCAUCAACACCACAAUACAAGCUUUACGAAAAAAAUUACGCAACUUUUUCGGGUCGAGAAUUAUUACCUCUUUAAUAACUUUUCCAACAGUCUACGCUUUCAUUUGUUCAUUUUGGAGAAACUGAAGAGGCAGAUAAAUGUGGAAGGCCUCUUCAGGCUUAUAAGAAACAAGAGUGUGUUUCGCGUUAAGGGGGAUAACUGUGAUACAUCGGUCGAACAGACCAAGGAUGCGCAAACAUAUUACUCGUAUUGCACACCCCUGAAUAUAUUCACCAGUUAUAACAUGGGCGUGUACAGGCAGAAUAAUUGUUACGAUAACAGAAGCAGUUACCUCUUCUACAACAUAGUGGAUGCAUCCAACAGUGACUCUAACUCCAUCAACAUUAACGAAUCGAUGGAAUUCUUUAAGAACGUUUUCCUUUUCUAUCCCCCCUUCCAAGUAACGAAACAUAUAAGAUACAUAAAUGAGUACAUUAAAAAGAAUCAAGAGAAUUUAAUUAUUCCGAAUGUUAGACCCUUUAGAAACAACAUAAUUGUAACUCUCCUGUCUAACUUAAAAGCUGAUCAUACAACAUUGAAGAGAAUAUUUACCAAUGUGCAGGCAGUACACAAGUGCAUGGAUCGAUUCGAGUACUCUCUCCUGACAUCCAUUUUUCGCGUGAUGAAUCACCAGAAUAGCUUUAAUUUAAAUGUCAUAAAAUUUUAUCAUCUGUUGAAGAAUAUUGAAAACAUUUUGGAGGCCAACUUGCAAAUAUAUCCGUCGAAUUUUCUUUACGUAUCUGAAAUUCCUUCCUUUAAUGAGUUCGUUUUUUAUCAUGAGAGUGAGGUGCAUAAUUUAAUCAACGAGAAUUUGCUCCUUGAACAAAAUAAGGGGAUCAUAGCCGCGAGGAAGGAUUUACUUGAAAGCAUCAUUCAGGAUUAUGCUGAUGUUAAGGAAAAUGGAGAGGAGAAAAAAUACGAUUUAGAUGAUUUGCAGAAGAUAAUAAAAGUGGACAACAGUAACGAUGUUAUUGGGAUAAAGAAGAAAAAAAAAAAUUUCCAAUCUUCGCAUUUUUUUCAUCCGUUGAAUAAAAAAUCUGACGUAAUGAAAAACGUUUAUGUGACUGAACACGUUCAGAGAAAAAUCAAGAACUACUUGUCUGCUAUUGAUAAGAAGAAACGUCGAAUUAGUGAAGUUAUCCGUGGAGUGAAUGUUCAACUAUCCUCCUCCGUGCAUAUUCUUUCCUUCGUGUCUAACUUUUUGCAGAUCAUUCAGGCCCUCUACAACCACACCAUAAACAGUAUCAAGCGCAAGUGGAGCUUGCCCAUCUGCAAGCACCUAACCGUGAGGUACACAAAGAAGAUCUUCGACAACAUUGACGAGAAGUUAAGUUACAUGCAAAAGUGCCUGUACGAGGAAGAAGAAAAUACAGUUGUGGCAAACAAUUCGGAUGGAAAGAACGACCCUUUGAAUGAUCCAGAUGAAAAACAUUUUAUCGAACUGAGUGAAGAAGAAGAGAAGAAAAUUUCACAAAAUGUGGAUCCCGAUUCAGUCGGAGAGAUAAAAAAAAUUUAUAAAAAAAAAAAUUACAUGAAUGACUCUCUAACGUAUAUUUUAGGAGCCAAGCCAUAUAAUAUGAAUAAAGACAACCUAAUCAAGUACGAUAUUUUUCUAAAAAAAAAAAAGUUCAUUCUCUUGACUGGAAAAAAUAUGAGUGGAAAGACUACACUGUCGUUUACGUUGCUAUGUAUCCUUUUUCUGGCUAACCUGGGCAUGUAUGCCCCCUGCGAGGAAAAGAGCAUCGUUUCUAAAUUUCGCGAAUUCUACAGUUUAAAAAAUGUGAACUACCAAGAGCAGAUAGAGAACAUGUCCUUGUUUAGGGAGCAGACAUAUUACAUAAAUUCAAUUAUCGAGGAGAUCAAGGAAAACUACCCCUUCUCCAGACAAUCCUCUCGGGAUGGAGAAGUUUUCAUUCUCUUCGACGAACCUUGCAUAGCGACCACGCCAGUUGACAAUGCAGUGAUCAUCAGCGCCCUGUCAGACUACCUCCAAAAUUACUGCGGAAUAAUAAUCACACACAACUACGACUUGUUGCGGAAAAUUUGCCUGAACGAAAAUAUCGUUUUUAAAAAAAUUAAUGAAAGCAUAAAUUAUUUGACGACACAAGCAUAUGAGCAAAGAGCCACGCUGGAAAAUGGCGUUUGCAAAAAUAGCGAAGCUUUGGAAACAUGUAGACACACAAAUGUUGAUGGAAAAAUGUUGGAGCUCUUAACUUUGUACCAACAGAAAUACAAGUUGAUACAUAACCUAAGCGACACGCUGUAUUACAGGUUUAUAGAGUACGUAAAAUGUAAUGAUGUAAAGGAUGUAAAAAAAAAUAUGAACGAUUUUUUUGAAUAUUGCUUGAGUGUCUCUUUGCGGGAAGGGAAAACACACAAAGGUGAUUUUUCUGAGGGAAAGAAAAUGAUGGAUAUAUUUGAACAUGACAGGUGGAAAAAUAUGGCACACGGUUUGGAAUUUUUGCAGAGAGGAGACUUAGAGAAGGGAGAUGGCAAAAGGGAGGAUUAUUCGAAUGUGAGGGGAGAAGAAUUAUAUGUUCAAAGCUUCUCCAACGAUAGUGAGGAUCGAAAUAUGGGGAGCUCCACUCUGGACAUGGAAAUGAUUCGUUCAGUGGCCCGAGAAAUGCAGGAAAAGGAACUGACCUUAGCAAUUGAACAAAUCGAAGAUGCAGUGAAAAGGAAAGUGUUUAAAAUUGAAAUGAAUGAGGAUGUCCCCAUUUUUUUUAAAAACAAAAGUGUAGUGUACAUAUUGUGCAUUUUUUCGCAAAAAAAAAAAAAACCAUAUUUUUACAUAGGUAUAAGUGACAACAUCUCUGAGAGGUUAAAAUGCCACACGAGGAAUUUAUUAAAGAAUAAAAAUCUUUUAAAAAAUGAAAAAAAAAAUAACAUACUUAAUUAUAAAUUUGACAUGGACUCCUUCUACACACUUUUGUUUCACGUGGAAAACAAAAUGUUCGCAUCCAAAUAUGAGCGAGAGUUAUCGGAUUUGCUGAAAAACGGAUAUGACAUUCUGUCAAAGUAG